AUGUGGCCCAAUAUCAGUGCUGCCCCCUUCCUGCUGACUGGCUUCCCAGGUCUGGAGGCAGCUCAUUGCUGGAUCUCCAUCCCCUUCUUCACAGUCUAUGUCUCUGUGCUUCUUGGCAAUGGCACUCUCCUCUGCCUCAUCAAGGAUGACCACCACCUCCAUGAGCCCAUGUAUUACUUCCUUGCCAUGCUGGCAGCCACAGAUCUGAUGGUGACAUUGACCACAAUGCGCACUGUAAUGGGUGUCUUAUGGAUGAAUCACCGAGAGAUGAGCCAUGGAGCCUGCUUCCUGCAGGCCUACUUCAUUCAUUCCCUUUCCAUUGUAGAAUCAGGUAUCCUGCUUGCCAUGGCCUACGACCGUUUUAUUGCCAUCCACCAUCCCUUGAGAUACACUUCCAUUCUCACCAAUACUCGAGUGGUACAGUUAGGAAUAGGAGCUUUUAUGAGGGGUUUUAUAUCCAUCAUGCCCGUAAUCCUGCGUCUUUUUUCUUUUCCAUAUUGCCACUCUCAUGUUCUGUCCUAUGCUUUCUGCCUUCACCAAGAAGUCAUGAAACUGGCCUGUGCGGACAUAACUUUCAAUAGACUUUACCCUGUAAUUCUGAUUUCCUUAACCAUCUUCCUAGAUUCUCUGAUAAUUAUCUUCUCUUAUACCCUAAUUCUUAAGACUGUCAUGAGUCUAGCCUCUAGUAAAGAGAGAUCCAAAGCCCUCAAUACCUGUAUCUCCCAUGUCGGCUGUGUGCUUAUCUUCUAUGUCACCGUAAUUGGUCUGUCAUUCAUCCACAGAUUCGGGAAGAAUGUGCCACAAGUAGUCCAUAUUGUAAUGAGCUAUGUCUACUUCCUCUUUUCUCCUUUAAUGAAUCCUAUCAUCUACAGCAUCAAGACCAAGCAAAUUCAAUAUGGCAUUCUCCGCCUUUUAUCUAAACAUAGAUUUGGAAGUUAA